GGCUCCAGCCAGGGAAGCCAUCGGGGACUGCCGGGCUCCUUUCCUGUUCCUGGUUCAACUCGCGUCUGCAGGCAGAGUUUCAUCGGGCAGCAUCCGCUAGUCCCUUGGACUCGUUCUAGGGCCGGCGGCCGCUCGCUUUAAAUUGAAAAGAAAAUGUCACUUUAUGACGACCUGGGAGUCGAGACCAGCGACUCAAAAACAGAAGGCUGGUCCAAAAAUUUCAAACUGCUACAGUCCCAGCUGCAAGUGAAGAAAGCAGCUCUUACGCAAGCAAAGGUACAGAGUCAGAGAACAAAACAAACAACGGUGCUUGCUCCAGUGAUAGACCUGAAGCGAGGAAGCUCUUCUGAUGAGAGGCAAAUUGUGGACACGCCACCCCAUGUGGCACCAGGGCUAAAGGAUCCUGUACCUAGUGGUUUUUCUGCAGGAGACGUGUUGAUUCCUUUGGCUGAUGAAUACGAUCCUAUGUUUCCCAAUGAUUAUGAGAAGGUAGUAAAACGCCAGAGGGAGGAACGACAACGACAGCGAGAGCUGGAGAGGCAAAAAGAGAUUGAAGAAAGAGAAAAGAGACGUAAAGACAGGCAUGAAGCCAGUGGGUUUUCAAGAAGACCAGAUCCAGAUUCUGAUGAAGAUGAAGACUAUGAAAGGGAGAGAAGGAAAAGAAGUAUGGGCGGAGCUGCCAUCGCACCACCUACUUCCCUUGUUGAAAAGGACAAGGAACCUGUAACAUCAUUUCCAUUUGAAGAGGAGGCAAGACCUCGUGCUCCAUCUGCUAAAGCAGCUAUCCCUCCUCCAGUGUAUGAUGAGCCAGAAAGACCUCGGUCCCCAACAGGACCUAGUAAUUCUUUCCUUGCUAACAUGGGAGGCACAGUAGCGCAUAAAAUCAUGCAAAAGUACGGUUUCAGAGAGGGCCAAGGGCUAGGGAAGCAUGAACAAGGGCUAAGCACUGCGCUGUCAGUAGAGAAAACAAGCAAGAGGGGCGGCAAGAUCAUUAUCGGUGAAGUUACAGAUAAAGAUGUGGGGAAGAAAUCUGAUUCAAAUCCAUUAACAGAGAUACUGAAGUGUCCAACUAAAGUGGUUUUACUAAGGAAUAUGGUGGGGGCAGGAGAGGUUGAUGAAGAUCUAGAAGUUGAAACAAAGGAAGAAUGUGAAAAAUAUGGGAAAGUUGGGAAGUGUGUCAUCUUUGAGAUUCCGGGUGCAGCUGAUGAUGAAGCUGUGAGAAUAUUUUUAGAGUUUGAGAGGGUUGAAUCAGCCAUUAAGGCUGUUGUGGAUCUAAAUGGAAGGUACUUUGGUGGCCGAGUGGUGAAGGCUUGCUUCUACAACCUGGAUAAGUUCAGAGUACUGGAUCUGGCAGAGCAAGUCUGAUUUAACAGCAAAAAAUAACAUAGCUCAAGGUGUCACUGUUUUGGCAAUCACAUUUUCAGCUCUAGGCUGGGG